AUGAAGCCUGCUGAGCUGAGAUUUCUUCUAGGGCUCCUCAUCUUCUUCUUGCAAACUACCCCAUUAAUGGGUGGUGUUUCUCGACUUUCUGAAAGGAUAUGUGGAGAUCUCAAAGAUCCCUGCCUAAUGGAAAAGGAUGUUGGUAGCUGCUAUGAAGUCCACUUUAGAUAUUUCUUCAACAAAACCUCCAAACGAUGUCAAAGUUUUGUCUUCAGUGGCUGUGAUGGUAAUCUUAACAACUACAAGCUUCAAAUAGAAUGUCAAGUUGCCUGUGAAGAAGAAUACAGAAUACCGGCCAUCUCCUACCUGGCCUAA